ACUUCCUUCAAACGGCAAUCACAACUCACCUGUAAUCCUUACCAUUGCCAUGAUGGCUCUCUGCCUUCCCUCGCUCCACCUCUUCUUCUACCCCCAUCCCAACCUUCGCUCCUCCUACUAUCCAUAUAGGGUUCCCGUUUCCUCCAAGCUCCGCGCUUCCCUCAUAACCAAGGAGGAAGCGCCGGAGGCGGAGGAGCCGCCUUUGCCCUCUUCUCUAAGGGCGUUGGAUCGAAAACCCUUGUCGGCCCAUGAGGGGACAUUAACCCCGCGCUCGGUGGACUUCAAUGCCUGGUACCUUGAUGUCAUCGCCAGGGCAGAGCUCGCCGAUUACGGUCCUGUACGCGGCACCAUGGUAAUCCGGCCGUAUGGAUACGCUAUAUGGGAAGCGAUACAGGAUUAUUUGAAUGCUAAGUUUAAGGAGACCGGUCACAGUAACAUGUACUUCCCUCAGUUCAUACCGUACUCAUUUAUAGAAAAGGAGGCCAGUCAUGUUGAAGGUUUUAGCCCAGAACUAGCAGUAGUGACCAUUGGAGGAGGAAAGGAGCUUGAAGAAAAACUUGUGGUAAGGCCGACUAGUGAAACAAUUGUGAAUCACAUGUUUACUCAGUGGAUUCAGAGCUAUCGUGAUCUUCCUAUGAUGAUUAACCAGUGGGCUAAUGUGACAAGAUGGGAAAUGAGGACAAAACCAUUUAUAAGGACUCUUGAGUUUUUGUGGCAGGAAGGGCAUACUGCCCAUGCCACUGCUGAAGAGGCUGAAAAAGAGGCAUUGCUGAUGAUUGAUGUGUAUAAAAAAUUUGCUUAUGAGCAAGCUGCAAUACCUGUUAUUGCAGGUAGAAAAUCGAAGGCAGAGACAUUUGCUGGUGCUUCCUGUACCUAUACAAUCGAAGCCAUGAUGGGUGACAGAAAAGCUUUGCAAGCAGGAACUAGCCAUAACCUUGGACAGAAUUUCUCUCGUGCGUUUGAAACUCAGUUCACAGAUGAAAAUGGACAGAGGCAACAUGUUUGGCAAACUUCUUGGGCUAUUAGUACUCGCUUUAUUGGUGGUAUUAUCUUGACUCAUGGGGAUGAUGCUGGCUUAAUGCUUCCUCCCAGGCUUGCUCCGGUACAGGUUGUAAUAGUACCAAUUUGGAAGAAAGAUGACGAGAAAAUUGGAGUUCUUAGUACUGCUGUGACUGUCGAACAAACCCUGAAAUCAGCAGAUAUCAGAGUCAAAAUUGAUGGCUCAGAACAGAGGACUCCGGGAUGGAAAUUUAAUUUUUGGGAAUUAAAAGGUGUUCCCGUGAGGAUUGAAAUUGGUCCUCGUGAAGUUGCCGAUGGUAGUGUGGUGGUAAGUCGGAGAGAUGUGCCCGGAAAACUCGGUAAGGAUUUCGGGAUAUGUAUGGAGCCUUCAAUGUUGAUAAACCAUGUGAAGAGCAGGUUGGAAGAUGUUCAAGCAUCACUUCUUCGAAGCGCCACACUGUUUCGUGACAGAAAUAUAGUGGAUGUGAGAUCUUAUGAAGAGUUGAAGGAAGCAAUUUCCCAAGGAAAAUGGGCAAGGGGUCCUUGGUCGGCAAGCGACGUUGAGGAGCAGAAGGUGAAAGAAGAAACUGGAGCAACGUUAAGAUGCUUCCCAUUUGAUCAACCUGUUGGCUCAAAAAUCUGUUUUAUGACCGGUAAUCCUGCUGAUGCAAUUUUUGCCAAAUCAUAUUGA